UAAUCAAGCUUGUGUGGUCCGUACCUCAGACAACAGCAGUGGAAGAGGAGCGCAGAUUGUUUUUCUGGAGAAGAAGUGGGCUGAAAUCUGUGUUUAAAGCCACAAACUUCUGCGGCCAUGGGUAAAGAUCCUAAUAAGCCAAGAGGAAAGACCUCGGCCUACGCAUUUUUUGUGCAGACAUGUCGGGAAGAGCACAAGAAGAAACACCCUGGAACUGCGGUGAACUUUGCGGAGUUUUCCAAGAAGUGUGCGGAGAGAUGGAAGACCAUGUCACCCAAAGAGAAAACAAAGUUUGAUGAACUGGCCAAAACCGACAAGGUACGCUAUGACCGGGAGAUGAAAAACUAUGUGCCACCCAAAGGUGCAAAGAAGGGAAAGAAAAAGAAGGACCCAAAUGCUCCAAAGAGGCCACCAUCGGCUUUCUUCGUUUUCUGCUCUGAUCAUCGCCCAAAGGUGAAGAAUGACAACCCAGGUAUCACUAUUGGUGACAUUGCAAAGAAACUCGGUGAAAUGUGGUCAAAACUGUCAGCCAAGGAGAAAUCACCCUAUGAGCAAAAGGCCCUAAAGCUGAAGGAGAAAUAUGAAAAGGAUGUUGCUGCAUAUCGUGCCAAGGGAGGAAAGGCUGAUGGUGCGAAGAAAGGUGGACCAGGCCGGCCAGCAGGGAAGAAGGCAGAAGCCACAGAUGAUGAUGAUGAUGAUGAUGAUGAUGAGGAGGAGGAUGAAGAUGAGGAGGAGGAAGAUGAUGAUGAUGAUGAUGAUGAGUAAAUCUGUCAGGAAACUUGAGCUGAAUUGUUUGCAGAACAAUGUGAAAAAUGCGUUUUUAUUGUUAUUUUUUUAGCAUUUGAAUAUUUUCAAAACAUGUACAGGAAUGUGUAUAGAUGAAAUGCAUAUUGAGGUCAUGUACUGUUUUGUAAAUUUAACAGCUGUUCUUGUUUCUAAGCACUGCUUUCUUUGUUUGAUAGCUGUGGUUUCUCUCAUACCCAACAUAUUGUUUCCACUGCCAUUGUAAGGAAUUUGAGGAACAAUGUUAUUGUAGUUCAAGUCUCAAGAUUUUUUUUUUUUUUUUUUUUUUUGGACAUUUGAGCUUUAAAUUUGUGUAGACACAAUUUUUAUAAUAAAACUUUGUAUAUUA